GCUGGGAGCGCGAAACAUGGCCGGGCUGACUGAUGGCUGCAUCGCCGGCUGCUGUGAGGAAGAGGACGACGGCGUGUCCAGGGUGGCCGUGGAGGUGUUCGCGAAGCUGAAGGACCUCAAGUGCCCCUUCCUCCAGGGUCUUUAUAUCACAGAACCAAAGACCAUUCUGGAACUGCUGUGUAGCCCCUCGAAGUACCGCUUGGAAAUCCUGGAGUGGAUGUGUAUCGGGCCCUUCUCCAGGUCUCACCCCCGGCCUCUGCUCACCAGCGCUCUCGAUCCUUGUAUUCCGACAGAGAUGGUGAAACUAGGCCAUGAGCUGAUGUUGUGUGGGCUGGAUGACCAGGAGCUCCUGAAGGGUCGGGCCUGUGCCCAGAAGCAGCUACACUUCAUGGACCAGUUGCUGGAUGUAGUCGGGAGCCUGACCAUCAGCUACGCCACCUGCUCCAGUGUGGAGGAGCACUUCAAGGACACCAAGGAGAAGAACGAGGCACUACUGGGGGACUUCUUCUCCAGUUCCCACCUGCAAGUGCUCCUGAGCCCCGAGAGUGACUUAUGGUCCAUGGACUGGGAGUCCUUUGACAAGCAGAGCAGUGACUGGCAGAGGACGAAGUCCUCUGCAGAGUUGGCAGAGGAGGAGGAGAAGGUGGCGGAGCUGGCCAGGCAGCUACAGGAGAGCGCGGCCAAGGUGCAGGCACUGCGGACUGAGCACUUUGUGCAGCACAAGCCAGGGUCCACUAUAAGUAGGGCCCACAUCAGCACUCUGGACCAGAAGCUGCGCCUGGUCGUCUCUGACUUCCACCAGCUCGUCAUGGCUUUCCUGCAAGUCUACGACGACGAGCUGGGUGAGUGCUGCAAACGCCCAAACCCCUACCUGCACCCGUGCGGCCCCAUCAUCCAGGCUGUGUACCAGACUCUGACUUCGUGCAAUCAAAUGCUGAAAGCGGUGGCGGAGAUCACUGACAGCUCAGUGAAAGCUGUGGAGAUGGUGAAGCAGCAGCAGAGCGAGAAGAUCUGCUGGGGCAACAACCACUCUGUGAUGAGUCUAGCCACAAAAAUGGAAGAACUAAUUCAGAAAUAUAAGCUCUUCAAAGACUGUCUGCGCAAAGCCCCAAAGUAAUCUGGGAGCUGGAAAUUGUGCCUUGAAGAACCAGGCGGCUGGAGAGGACCGGGCCAUCAGCAGGAGAAGCAGUUAACACUUCCCGUGUUUUGUGGGCGCAGCCUCCAGAUGUCCAGCCCUUCAGUUCCUUUGGCGGGGAAGGAGGAGGGGGCAGAGGUGGGGUCACAGGGUAGUGUGACCUGGACAGAAAGGAAACCUUUGGUUCAAAGAA